AUGGGCUUUCUAUUGACUAUAAGCUCACUUGAAAAGGGAUUCGGUGGAGGAAUUUAUGGUGCGAUCAAGUUUCGCGCUCAAGGAUUACGAGAUCAUCGGUUUGAGUCAGUGUCGUUGUUUGAUUUUUGGGGAUUUCAGAUUAUUGGAAGAUGUGUGUUUUGUGCUCAAUAUCGUUGUGAACCCAUUGAGGGGCUUGGGGGUUCUUUGGUUGGUAGUCGACAGAGCGAGAGUGAUAUCGUGGGGAUUUUUGGGUGCUUUGAGGCUGCGUCCUUCAGGUGGAAGGACGGCCGUGUUAUCCCCCAUCCUGUUUUAGUAGAUGCUGGCGGGGACGAGACCGAUCAGCUUGCUUUGCUGGAAUUCAAGGCUCGAAUAGCCGAUCCUGAUGGGGUUUUGAGCUUAUGGAAUGAUUCUAGCCAUUUCUGCAAGUGGUACGGUGUCACAUGCGGUCGUAGACACCGAAGAGUCACGGUACUGGAUCUCCCCUUUAAGAACCUGUCCGGGAUCAUGCCGUCCUGUAUUGGUAACCUGAGCUUUUUGAGGGAAGUCAAUCUGCAUAACAACAAUUUCCAUUCCGAAAUUCCCCCGCAAUUUGGCCGCUUGUUUCGAUUGCAGAAGUUAAUCCUUUAUAACAACUUGUUCAGUGGACAAAUCCCAUUGAAUCUCUCCCGUUGCUCUAAUUUGCUCGUUCUUAACUUAGGCGAGAACAAUCUCAAAGGAAAUUUGCCUGCGGAACUUGGCUCCUUGUCCAAUCUCCAACAACUCAUAGUUGAACACAACAGCUUGACGGGAAACAUUCCGCCGUCGCUUGGAAACUUAUCCUCUCUUCAACGCUUCUCAGCAUCUUUUAAUAACCUCGGGGGUACGAUCCCAGAGAUCCUCGGCCAGCUGAGAACACUAGACAUCCUCUAUCUCGGUGCGAAUCAAUUUAUUGGUACGAUUCCUAUCUCAAUCUUCAAUAUAUCCACUAUGACAUCCCUUGACGGGGCUGAAAACCAAUUAGAGGGGGGCUUACCCAGCGACUUAGGCUUCACUCUUCCGAAUCUCAAGGAAAUUGGUUUGUAUGGCAACCACCUCACAGGACCCAUUCCUGAGUCAUUAUGCAACGCCUCUAAUCUCGGUCAAUUCGAAUUCGCGAGGAACAAUUUUACCGGGAAAGUUCCUUCUUGCUCAAAGAAGACAAGACUCUAUUGGUUUAACAUCGGCGAUAACAACUUAGGAAGUGGGCAAUCUGAUGAUCUUGACUUCAUCUGUUCUUUAACCAAUUCCACAAACUUGGAAGUAUUGGGAAUAGAGAAAAAUGCUUUUGGAGGACCAAUACCCGACUGUAUUGGUAACCUCUCUAUCACUCUUUCGCAGUUUGAAUUAAGUUACAAUUAUAUUUAUGGAACCUUACCUUCUGGAAUAAAAAAUCUAAUCAAUUUGGAGAUCCUCUCAAUAGAGAUCAACAACAUCUCGGGAAACAUUCCUUCCGAGAUUGGAAAUCUGAACAAAUUGAAGGUUAUGUAUCUAGGAAUAAAUAAUUUAUCAGGGCAGAUACCAGAAUCUAUCGGGAAUUUAAGGAUGUUAACCAAAUUGGGCUUGAAUGAUAAUAAUCUCCAUGGCUCGAUACCAUCGUCUCUAGGAAACUGCCAGAAUCUACUUCUCUUGGACCUUUCGACCAACGACCUCAGUGGUAACAUUCCCCCGGAAAUUAUGGGCCUCUCAUCUUUGUCGAUUUAUCUUGAUUUGUCUCAAAAUAAUCUUACUGGUUCCCUUCCAGGAGAAGUUGGAAAAUUGAAAAAUCUCGGCAAAUUACUUCUUUACGGGAACAGAUUAUCUCAACAGAUUCCAAGCAGUAUCAGCAGUUGUAUAAGCAUGGAAGUCCUAUAUAUGCAGGAUAAUUUCUUUGAAGGGCCCCUACCAUUAACUAUGAGAUCCAUGAGAGGCCUUCAGGUUUUGAAUGUUUCUAACAACCAAUUGGUCGGCCAAAUCCCGAAAUAUCUAGAGUCACUCAAUCUGACGAAUUUGAGCCUAUCUUACAAUGAUUUCGAGGGUGCAUUGCCUACAGGUGGAGUUUUCAAAAGUGCCAUUUCAACUUCAGUUGUUGGAAACAAGAAGCUUUGUGGGGGUCUCCCAGAUUUUCAACUACCGAAAUGCGACUACAAAGAGUCAAAAUGGACAAGAAUAAGCAGAACGGCAAAAAUUCUGAUAUCCACAGUCUCUGCUGUUGUAGUAGUGGCCUACAUGGUCUUUUUGUUAUACUUCAUCCGGUAUAGACACAGUAAGAAAGCAUCAGCUUCAAGCUCUUUUGAAGAAGGGCUUUUGCAUGUUUCUUUUCACAGUCUACUGAAAGCCACGGGUGGAUUCUCGUCCACCAAUCUGCUUGGCGUGGGCAGUUUUGGAUCCGUGUAUAGAGGGCUUCUUGAUCAAACUCAGUCGAUCGUAGCCAUCAAGAUUCUCGACCUUACACGUCAUGGAGCUUCCAAGAGCUUCAUAGCCGAGUGUGGGGCCUUGAGAAGAAUCCGACACCGUAAUCUUGUAAAGGUACUCACGGCAUGUUCUGGGUUUGAUUUUAAUGGAAAUGAUUUCAAGGCAUUGGUCUAUGAAUACAUGUCAAAUGGGAGCUUGGAUGAAUGGUUGCACCCAACUGCAUCGCAAUAUACAGCAAGAAGCAAGUUGAGUUUACUUGAGAGAGUGAAUAUUGCUAUUGAUGUUGCUUGUGCACUAGAUUAUCUCCAUCAUCACUGUGAAACACCAGUAGUUCAUUGCGAUCUAAAGCCGAGCAAUGUCCUUCUUGACGAUGAAAUGACAGGACAUGUAGGCGAUUUUGGGCUUGCGAGGUUCCUCCCAGAAGCAACACAUAAGUUACACGCCUCUCAAUCUAGCUCUGUUGGAGUAAAAGGAUCUUUUGGCUACGUAGCUCCAGAGUACGGCUCGGGAUGUGCGGUAUCCACAGAAGGAGAUGUGUACAGCUUCGGAGUCCUCGUUUUGGAGAUGUUCACAGGCAAGAGGCCGACCAAUGACAUGUUUGAAAAUGGGCUGAACCUUCAUCGCUUUGCAAAUACAGCUCUAAUAGACCGAUUGGAAAAUGUAAUCGAUCCCAUUCUGCUUCAGGAAUACCAAGAGUCGGAAAAGAGACGAACCGUCACUCCAGAUGGCAAGAACAAAAGCUGGUUUAGUGCUCUAGAGUGUUUGGUUUCGAUCAUCGAAAUAGGAGUCACUUGCUCUUCUGAGUCUCCAAGGGAACGAAUGGACAUUGGCGAUGCAGUGACUAAACUCCAAGGAAUCAGGAAGAAACUUCCUGAGUUCAUUGUCACUGCCUAGUUGAUGUAAAAUCUUAACUUCAUA